GAGAGUUGUGGAGCCGUCAAGAACGCGGAAAAUUUCGACCAAUUGAUGCCGUAGAAACCAGCGGUUUCCGCCGGAUUCUUGCCAAGUGGGUCUAACGAUUUCCUUUGAUCAAUUAAUCAAAUGGAAAGCGCCUGCAAAAUAUUCCCACAACGACACAAGCCGGCAUAUUUCCCAUAGAUAGAACCAGAGCCACACGGAACCAGACAAACUAUAUAUUAUAGAACAGAAAACACACAAAGUUUCCAAGGGUUAGAAAACAGUGCCCACGAUGGAUAAUUGGAAUGUUUUGGCAGCGCAAACCUCAUCCCAGGCCAUCGGACUCCACGACUCGGGGGUGGUGAGGACGCGACUGACCAUCGAAAAGCUGCCCGACAAGGUGCUGCUGCACAUCUUCUCGUAUUUGUCGCACCGGGAGAUCUGUCGCCUGGCCCGGAUCUGUCGUCGAUGGCGCCAGAUUGCCUACGAUACCCGACUAUGGAAGAAUGUGUCCCUGCGCCCAGAGGUCUCUGGACUUCACGUGGGCUCCCUGGAGAUGCUGCUUCAGCUUAUAUCCGUGAGAUUCGGUCCAACGCUGCGCUAUAUUGAGCUGCCCAUUGAGCUCAUCACGCACACGGUACUCCACGAGCUGUCUGCCAAGUGUCCCAAUCUCACCCACAUGCUGCUGGACUUCUCCACGGCCAUGCAGCUGCACGAUUUCAGCGAGAUGCAGGCCUUUCCCACCAAGCUGCGCUAUAUGUGCGUCUGCCUGUCGGAAGUGAUCUUCAUGGAGGGCUUCAUGCGCAAGAUCUACAACUUCAUAAACGGCCUGGAGGUGCUCCACUUGAUUGGCACCUAUGAGAAGUGCGAGGAGGAGGAGGAGGAAAUCUACGAGGUCAUCAACGUGCAUAAACUGAAGUCGGCCACUCCUAACUUACGUGUGAUCAAUCUGUACGGCAUCAACUUCAUCGACGACUCCCACAUCGAUGCCUUCAGCUCCAACUGCAUCCAGCUGGAGUGUCUGGCUGUUAACUUCUGCAACAAGGUCACUGGCUCCACUCUGAAGACCUUGAUCCAGCGAUCCAAGCGACUGACCUGUUUGCUGAUGAAUGGCACCAGCUUGAAGUCGGAGUUCGUGAUGCAGGCCGAGUGGGACAAGUGCGCCUUGCAGGAGCUGGACAUUACGGCCACGGACCUUUCCCCGGAGUGUUUGGUGGAUAUGCUUACUAGGAUUCCUAGCUUGAAGUUCCUAUCAGCCGGACAGAUCAAUGGAUUCAACGAUAGUGUACUUAAGCAGUGGAUGGAAUCGGGAACUACCAGAUCCCUCAUUUCCCUGGACCUGGACUCAUCAGACAACAUCUCCGAUGAAGGUCUUCUUAAGUUUAUACAGCGCCAGGGUCAUCAGCUGAGCGCUUGCUGCCUCUCGGGAAUGCCCCACAUCACAGAUCAACUAUGGAUGAGCAUCCUUCCUUUGCUAGGCAACUGCAAGAUCAUUGUCAUGGGCACUGCUGAGAAACUGGGCGUCAAUAUCCAUGUGGACCAGUUGAUGGACACCAUUGCCUCGAACUGCGGCAACUUGGAGCGUUUGGAAUUGCGUUGGGAUCCGGAUAACCUGCGAUUCUCAGACAAAAGCCAAAAGGCGAUCGAUAUUCUACGUGUCAAGUGCCUCAAAUUGCGAUGCAUGGUGCUCAGCGAUGGUCGCUAUUAUGAGACGGUUAAGGCCAACUUUGAGCGUGCCGAUCGUAUCACCGUGGUUCGCACCACCACCUGUUGUCGGGUGUCACCUUACCAUCUGCUCCGCAACUACAAUGAUUUGAUUUUCAACUAAGGAAAUAAUGUGGACUGUAAAUAUAGAAUGCGUUUCAAAGCUGAAAGAUGGUUAAGAUGUCCAAGAAAACGUUGGUUACUCUUCCAGCUUUGAAAGGCACUGUAAAUCGUGUUAACCGAAACAGCCACAAUUCUAGUCAAAAGUCAACACAAAAAUUGUUUCUGUGUGUUUUCGCUUACAUUAGACUGUUUUUAAUGUUUUCUGUAUUUUCCGCUUCUUUCGUUUAAUUACAUUAAAUCUAAAUAAACGUACAUAGGUAAUUUAAAUAAAAAAAAACAAAACAAG